CUCUUUGAAUCUCUCCCUCAAUCUCACUCUCACUCUCACUCUCAGACUAUAUCACAAGCUUCUUACAACAGAAUCAAUUAAACCUUCUUCGGUUCUCUUCCAUUGUAUUUAUUCCAAUCCUUCGAUCUUCUCUUUGCAAUGGGCUUCAAUCAGAAAUCGUGUUGUCUUCUUCAUCACUUCUCGCUUUGUUUCUCUAACGUUUCUCCAAUUUCGGCAUCCCUUUUAGCUUGAUUGAAGAAUCAGAACCUUGUAAUCAGUUUAUGCCCCACGAUUAAAGAGCUUUUACUUGGUGGGUAUUAUGGUUUCAAUAGGACAAACAGCAUACUCGAGCCACGCAAUCUGAGACAGAGUAUUAUUUUACUGGUCCCUUUCGAAUUCGCAAAUGGGUCACUUUCAGAGUGGUGGUCGAUGGGCUCUGUUCUGUUCUGUUUUCAGCCUGAUUCCAAUUCUGAAUAUAUCCGAACCUUUAGCGGUCUUUGUCCACCACAAUUCCCUUUCUGUCAUUCUUUCUUGCCAAUUUUUCUCUUCCACUUUCACCCAUUUUUUGUAAUUUGUAGUCGGUGUGCUCAAUCCACUAUUUUGAUUAUCUAGAUAAAAUGAAGCACCAAGUGGCAGCCACCUUCAUUUUUUUAAUGAGUUUUAUCUUGAUGCAACAAGUCAUUUGUGCUGAUACUUCUGAUACUUCUACCUCUGGCAACUGGACGUGUAGAUGUUUUUCUCCAUACCAAGAAAAUCAGAGAUUAACACUUGGUGCAAAUUGUUCUACAUCUUGUUCAUGUACGCAAGAUGUUGGGGGAAUAAAACUGUGGACAUGCAUUUGUUCAACUGAUGGCUUCCCAAAAGUUGUAGCCGAUCACCGUGAUUCCAACUGUUUUACAUCAUGCAACUGCUCUUAUGGACUACUUCCGGAGUCACCAUCUUCUAAAAGGCAUAUCUCAAGCAAUGUGGUCGUGAUUAUUCUCUCACUCUGUGUAAUAAUCAUAACAUUAGCCUUCUUCAUCUUAGUGGUUUGCUAUCUUUGUCAAAGGGGCAAGUGCCGUGUUCGACCUCCAAUAUUUUCAUUAGAUAAGCAAAUAAGCUACAACAGCUUCACCAACCUAAUUAGUCACAAGAGUUCUUCAACACCAGAUAGUAGGGUUUUGAUGGAUUCCCCUGUGAAUAACAUCAAAGGAUGCUUUUUCAUGAACCAAUGCUUGUUGAGGACUAAAUCUUGGAGUAUGUGUGGGAUCAUCAUCCAAUUCGCGUACUCAGAGUUGGAAAAUGCAACAAAUAAGUUUUCAAGCUCCCAUCUUGUGGGACGUGGGGGAAGUAGCUUUGUUUAUCGUGGUGAGUUGAAGGAUGGUAGAACAGUGGCGGUAAAGCGGCUCAAUAUUCAAGGAGGACCGGAUGUGGACUACUUGUUCUUAACAGAAAUACAAUUGUUAUCAAGACUUCAUCAUUGUCACGUGGUGCCUCUACUUGGUUAUUGCACAGAAUCAAGGGGGAAACAUACUGAAAGGCUUUUGGUAUAUGAAUUCAUGCCAAAGGGUAAUCUAAGAGACUGUUUGGAUAAAGCUUUAGGGGAGAAAAUGGAUUGGGGUACUCGUGUUACAAUUGCUUUAGGAGCUGCAAGAGGCUUGGAAUAUCUUCAUGAAGCAGCUGCUCCCAGAAUCUUGCAUAGAGAUGUCAAGUCAACAAAUAUUCUUUUGGAUAAAGAUUGGAGAUCAAAAAUAACAGACCUUGGUAUGGCUACAAGGUUAAGAGGUGAUGAUCUUCCUAGCUGUUCUAGUUCUCCUGCUAGAAUGCAGGGGACUUUUGGGUAUUUUGCACCGGAGUAUGCAAUUGUUGGAAGAGCCUCUUUGAAGUCUGAUGUCUUUAGCUUUGGAGUAGUUCUUCUUGAGCUUAUAACGGGUCAGCAUCCCAUCCAUAAGUCAGCAAACAAAGGAGAAGAAAGCCUUGCAAUAUGGGCUGCUCCCCGGUUGCAAAAUAGUAGGCGAGUCAUAACAGAGUUGCCCGACCCAAAUUUAGAUGGAAUGUUCCCAGAGGAAGAGAUGCAAAUAAUGGCUUAUUUAGCAAAGGAAUGCUUGCUGUUGGAUCCUGAUGCUAGACCUACCAUGACUGAAGUUGUUCAAGUUCUUUCAAAUAUAACUCCAGAUAAAUCAAGAAGGAAUAACAUUUCUGCAAACGUUUUUCAGGAGAGGCUGUCAGCCUGUAGUGUGGCGAGUGAACCAGACAUUGUAGAUGAUAUCAUGAAUCCUAUAGGGAAACAAGUCCAUACAGAGGUGAUUCGCAUCAAUGAUGUGAUGCCGAGGCAAGCUUCAUCCUGCAAAUGUCUUGACCGCUAUUCGCUACCGUUGGAUAUUGAUUGUUCACUUUGUGCUGGCAACUAUGACAACCAAGAUAUUGUUUCUUUUGAGCACAUGCAAAGACUCGUACCCUUGACUUUAAAGGGCUGCAAUGUCCAAGUCCGAGCCCCAGAUGAUGAAACAGUAGACUUGACUGAGCCUCGGUUCGAGUCAUUUUGCAUUGUGAAUGUCAAAUCUUCGUCGUAGAAGGCUAACACUACCUGAACAUAGCAAGAGGAUCAGAAGCUCACAACACAAUCACAGUUUUAGACACCACAAAAUGAAGAGGUCCCAAAUUUGUUCCUUGGCUUUCCCCAUCAACCUGCAUAUAAAAACAGUAGGAAGGGGAAAAACUGGGUGCUUUAUUAGAGCAUUGUGUUUUACUGCUGUAUCAUAUAUAAUUUUGAUCAUGUACAGAUAUUGUUAGGCAAAAACUAUAAAGAAAUGUCACAGAGUCUGCUUUCUGUUCUCUCUUGAAUAUUUGAAAUCAAUUAAUCUAUUAGCUUUCAUAGGUCACCAAGUUUAUUACAA